UUUAAAUAUUAGAAAUUGUUAAUAAUUACAUCAAAAAUUCACUUUUAAUUCUCAUCUAAGAAAUGGAAAAAAGAGAGCACUUAUUUAAAAUUUUGGUUAUUGGAGACAUAGGAUGUGGUAAAACAAGUAUCAUCAAAAGCUAUGUGCAUAAUUUUUUUUCUCCUAAUUACAGAGCUACUAUUGGGGUAGAUUUUGCAUUAAAAGUUUUAAACUGGGAUGAAACAACCUUGAUUCGGCUUCAGCUGUGGGAUAUAUCUGGUGAAGAAAGAUUUGGUAAAAUGAACAGGGUGUAUUAUAAAGAAGCUGUAGGAUGUAUGAUUAUCUUUGAUGUUACACAACCAGAAACAUUUGAAAAUGUGUGGAACUGGAAACAAGACUUGGAUAGUAAAGUUCAAUUACCUAAUGGGCAGCCUGUUCCAUGUGUGCUUUUAGCUAAUAAGUGUGACCUACCUAAAGUUGGAACUGUCAAUAAUAAAAGUUAUAUGGACAAAUAUUGUGUAGAAAAAGGUUUCCAUAGUUGGUUUGAAACAAGUGCGAAGGAAAAUAUUAAUGUGGAUAAUGUUGCUAAAUCUUUGGUAGAGAAGAUACUCGAAAACGAUAAAUCUAAUAACAUAUAUUCUCAUGAAGAUACUGAGGAUCCCAAUGAAACUAUUGACUUGAAAAUAAACCCCUCAAAUAAAGACAAACAACGAGAACAGCGAAAUGCAAGGUGUUGUUAACAUAUUGUAAUUAUGUGUGUGUGUGUGUGUAUAUAUAUAUAUAUAUAUAUAU